AUGUCCAACAGAUUAUUGGGAGUCCUUACAACCAUCGCCAUUCCUGUCGGUGUUGGCAUCACCUUGAUGCAGUCCGCCAUGUACGACGUUCGUGGUGGCUACCGAGCUGUCAUCUUCGACCGUCUUGCCGGUGUCAAGCAGAACGUGAUCGGAGAGGGAACCCACUUCCUCGUUCCCUGGCUCCAGAAGGACAUUAUCUUCGAUGUCCGAACCAAGCCCCGAAACAUCGCCACCACCACCGGAUCCAAGGAUCUGCAGAUGGUUUCUCUGACCCUGCGAGUUCUGCACCGACCCGUCAUUUCCCAGCUUCCCCACAUCUACCAGUCUCUUGGUCUCGACUACGACGAGCGAGUCCUGCCCUCCAUUGGUAACGAGGUGCUCAAGUCUAUUGUCGCUCAAUUCGAUGCCGCCGAGCUCAUUACCCAGCGAGAGGUUGUUUCCGCCCGAAUUCGAGAGGAUCUUGUCAAGCGAGCCGGUGAGUUCAACAUUGCCCUCGAGGAUGUCUCCAUUACCCACAUGACCUUCGGAAAGGAGUUCACCAAGGCCGUUGAGCAGAAGCAAAUUGCCCAGCAGGAUGCCGAGCGAGCCCGAUUCAUCGUCGAGAAGGCCGAGCAGGAGCGACAAGCCGCCGUUAUCCGAGCUGAGGGAGAAGCCGAGUCCGCCGAGGCCAUUUCCAAGGCUCUUGAGAAGGCCGGUGAUGGUCUGCUCUUGAUUCGACGAAUCGAGGCCUCCAAGGAGAUUGCCACCACUCUUGCCCAGUCCAACAACGUCACUUACCUGCCCAAGGGAGGCAACGGAUCCAAUGGCGCUUCCUCUGGCAACUCUCUUCUUCUCAACGUCGGAAGAUAA